AGCUUUACACAAUUUGUAAAUUGCCUCCAGGCAGCAGUCGACUCCUCGACCCUGCCUGCGGAAGCGAAAGGCCCGGUUGCCACCAAGGCAGCCCACAAGAGUGCGCCGGCCACAGGCUGCGUGACCAGCCCGGCACGGUGGUGCUGCACAAGAUCCACCGCUACCGGAAAUCCAUGGAGCUGCUGAUCCGCAAGCUGCCCUUCCAGCGCCUGGUGUGCGAGAUCACACAGGACUUCAAGACCGACCUGCGCUCCCAGAGCCCGGCCAUAGGCGAGCGAGGCCUACCUGGUGGG